AUGCUCGGGACAAUCUACGUCGUCGUCAACGCUAUCGUUUACGUGGUGGCUUCUCAGGAUGCAGUAAGUUCGCUAUAAAAGGCAUUUUGAUGCCGGAUUGCAGACUGUUGUCUUUGUUAAAUAUUUUUAGAAAAAAGUAUUAAUUCCUUUGACAAAGUCUCUCUUCGCUUUUCACUUUUUUGAAUGACCUUUGAGUAAUUUCGCAAAGUCUCAUUCACCUUGUUGUAUCUAUCGUUGGAAUGUUAAUACUCAUCUUGUUCAAUUCUUUCUCUUUCUUCCUUCUUCUUGUUACUUUUCCUAUUUUCAUAUUUUCUGUACAAAAGGAAGGAUUAAAUGUCUGGGUAUAAUAAAUUUAGAUAUUAAAUUAAAAUUAAAAUUCUCUUGUCGAGUCUUUGUUCGAAUCGCAUGUUCGUUCGUCAUCUUUGAAUUUUCACUCGUAGACGAGAUUCGAACUCAACUAUAGACAAAUACUUACGCCUGAAGUCCAAAACCGUUGAGUAUUUGGAUGCGAAAGAAAGAACACCAUUUUCGAGUUUCAGUUUGUCCGAUAGAAGAGCAAUUAGAAAUAAACAGUAGAACGUUUGUUCGAAAAAGGGUUCACUUUGAUCGUUCGACGCUCUAUAUGUAGAGAAGAGAAAGCUGCCGAGAAGUAUAGAUGUAAUAACCGUUCAAAUGUGCCAAUGAGUCUACCCGCAUUUUACUUCACACUUUACGAUCAUGUUUUUCCUUACGUGGAACAACUUUAUCCUUGUAUCAAAACAUACUGUGACAAUGAGUAUAAUAAAAAGAUCGUGCUUGUUGAAUUAAAAAACCCAUAGUUGGCACUUCCUAUAUCAAGGUGGGCUAAAAACCAUUUAUUAUUAUUUAUUACAGUCAGUUACGUAUCUUUUAGCUUAAAUAAAAAUGCGUGUAGAGCCUUUUAUGGAUUGGAUUCCGCAAAUAGUUCACCACGUGCAAAAGUAACUAUAAAAAUAUAUAAGUGAUAUAAGAAAAAUUACUAGAAAUAUUAAAAAUAUAUAAGUGAUAUAAGAAAAAUUACUAGAAAUUACUAGAAAUAUAAUACUAGAAAAAUUCGAGAAUCAAACAAAUAUGGACACGUGAGAUUUUUCUUUUACAGCUCUACCGUGUAUUUGAACAAAAUAUGAAAUAUUUCAAUGAUUUAAAAUUGUUAAAAUUUACUAGCUUUUUCAAUAUUGGCGACUUUCGAUAACAUUCCAGUAGUAUUUAUAAAAGGAUAUUCUGUAAUUUUUUCCAACAACAUUCCGCCAUUAAAUUCAGAUUAAACAAUUUUUUUUUUUUUGACUCCCGAAUUGUUAAAUUUCUUCUAUUAUUGUUGUACAAUUCACGAUCGGAAAUUGCUUUCGAACAGAUUUUACUGACAAUGUACAUUUCGUUUCAGGUGACACUUGAACGAACAAAACGGCAGGACAACGCGAGCGGGGAUGGCCGCGUGAUAGACAGCAUCUUCAACGUAGGUAUUUCAUUUCCGUCCAGUUUUCUCGACGAUCGAGCAAAAGCUAACUCGAACAGAAUCCGACUAGAUUCCAAUCACGGCGCUCAAGGAAACUGCAGCUGCGGCGCAGACUUUCAAUCCAGGAAACUCUGAGGCUAUCGACAGCAUCUUAAAGGUAACGAAAUUUUUAUUUACGUAACUCUUGUGUAAGACAAGACGCGUGGAUACGAUUCUCCUCGAACACUCGACGUGAACAUUUCGAGAACGUUCGCACCGUAUAAAAGUUUCGGGCAUGAAAUUAAUCGAAGAUAAUAAUCUUUAUCACGAGUGACCAACCGUGGCGCAUGAAGCAAGUUUUGAUGACAAAUAAAAGGAAUAAUGUGAGAUAUAAAACUAUUGAAAUUCUGUGUAACUUAUUAACUAUUAUUAUCUUCCUUGUUCGUCAAGCAGAAGAAGAGUAUAAUCCAACUUAUUUGUAUUAUAAUUAGUCAGUGUUUGAUUAAAUGUUCGUUGGAUCUACUCAUCUGAAUCUGAACUCCUAUUACACGAAAGAAAAAGAUCGUAUAGCAAGUUCUAAUUCUAAAGGAUCGUUGUAGGAGAGGGGUCUUCAAUCUUCAAAUUGUGCAUUUACUCGUGAAGAAAAUUCAGUUCAAUGAUUUUCGUAUUGUGACGAAAUUUCAGAGAAGGAAAUUCUUCAAUUUCGAGGUCCGAAGUUUAUUAUUCUACAAUUUCUUUUUUACAAAAUUAUAAUAUUAAAAUUAUAAUAUUAUACUAUACAAAAUUAUAAUAUUAGUUUCGAUAUUUAGCUUCUUUCAAGCUUUAAAAUAAAUCUUUCUUUUUAAAAUUAUAAUUUUAUAAUAUUUAUAAUUAAUUUAUAAUAAUAUAUAAUAUAUAAUUUAUUUAUUAUAAUAUUUUAUUACUGAUUAUAAUUUUAUAAAACUCAGCAUUUAGUGUCCGAAUAUUAAUGGACGAACUUCCGAUAUGUAUGUACAAACUGUUGUCUCCCGACGUGGUUACCAACUAAUUAUUUAUCGCGUUUCGCUUCGUAGAUCCCUGUCUCGACAUUGGAGGCUGUUGGGAAUCUAGUGAAAGCAACGUCCGGGCAAAGACGCCAGAAUGCCGAAGGAUUGCAACGAGUGCGCCAAGAGAGGAGAGACCGAAUGCUGGCUCAGAGGGAACGACAGAGGUUCCAGAGAGAGCAGCAUCAGCAACAACGUUUCAAACAGCAAAUGAUAAAGAGAAACAUCAAGAACAACAACAAAGAUCCAUUUGGUUUAAACACUCUGUCUCUUCUGGUUAGUAAUCAUGGCGUUUUAGGUAGUAUUCAAGGUGCGUUUGGUGGUUACAGUGGAGGUGGUGGUGGACAUGGUAGUCAUGGUAGUCACAAUGGUCAUGGUGGUCAUGGAAGUCAAGGCAUCGACGGAGGACAGGGAAGCACAAGCGGCUACGAAGUUCACGAAACCAUAGAGGAGGACACAAAUUAUUCCUGGCACGGGGUCACCGCUGGGUUUGGUACGUUCUCCGGUACUCGGCCAACCAGCGCGCACAUCACCGUGCAAAAUAAAAUCGCUACGAAGGACAGAAGGCCGAUCAAGUAUUACGACGAUCCACCCAUACAGAACAAAAUUGCUCCGAGCACAGGAAACGAAUUGGACUACAAAGACGAUCCUCCGCUAGAGAACAAGAUCGCACCGAAAAGCAAUAGAAUAUCGUUUCGGUCUUAA